AUGCCCCUCGAGCUCAGCGACCUCCCAUCGGAGCUCCUCCCGCUCAUCCUCAAACCGCUCCUCGCCCGCCGCGACUUGUACGCCGUUUGCCUCGUCUGCCGAAGUUGGAGGGAGGUGGGGCAGCGACUGCUCUUUGCGCAUGUGCGGCUGUUUGGGCGAGACCUGGCCAUCGCACCCCUACUUUUCCAGACCCUAGCCGACAACGCGCAACUCGCCCAACUCGUCCGCAAGCUCGAAGUCCGCGUCUACCCGCUCUCGCUCAUCCUGAAAGAACGCCUCGAGACGGAAUGGCUUGUCAUCCGGAUGAUCCGCAAUUGCAAGAACUGCGAGGAGCUUGUGUGGACGCGCAAAGGAGCGUUGACGGACCGCGUCUUCCAGGCCAUCAACUCGCUUCGACGGCUGCGCUCGUUCGAGUGCAACGCGCAUACGAACCUCUCGCCCGGCUCAUGGGACGCCGACCACUUUCUCCGGCUCCCACCUCUCCGCUCGCUCUCCCUCAUCCUGCCCGACCGCAACAUCGCCGACAUCCUUCCCUCCUUCUUCAAGCGACAGAAGGAGGUUGCUCCUCAAGCUGACUGGGCGGGAACAACGUCGACCGACAUCCUCCUGCUCGAGGAGUUUUCGGUCCUCUGCCGCGAGAGUAACGCCAUCAACGAUACCGUCGUCCGCGCAAUCGCGCCUUCGCUCGCCAAUAGCCGUCUCACGUCGCUCGCCUUUGCCGGCUGUGCGAAGCUUACUGGCGCUCCACUGCUCGACCUCCUCCCGACUCUCCCGCAUCUCCGCCACCUCGCCAUCGAAGCCUGCAACCUCCAUCCCUCUUUCUUCACUUCCGCAGCACCAUCACUCGCGCAGCUGCGCUCGAUCAAGCUCACCCACCCCGGUCCUCGCCAUCUCACUCUACCCUCCUUCUUCCCAGCGCUCGAGACCCUCCUCCAAUCAACCGCGAACCUCACCGCCUUCACGCUCUACUACUCCGGCGCCUCAAGUACCGGCCAGCGAGAAUGGCCUGUCCUGCCGCUCGACUUUGUCAAGUCGCUCGCGGCGAGCGUUGGGGCGAAGUUGCGCAAGUUUGAGGUCUCGGGCGUGUUGAUCGCCGUCGAGGCUAUCGAGGCCUUGGCGCACAGUGCGAAGGAGCUGCGGAAUCUAGUUCUGCAUCUGGGUGCGGACUUUGACCUGCCUCGCCUCACCGCGUCCUUUGCCCCGCUCUCCUCGCUCCGUACCCUUCAUCUUCUCUCUCAGCGGGCAAGCGUGUCAGCCGACGACGUCCUCACUGUCGCCGAACAAUGCCACCCAACCCUCCGCCAAAUCGGCUACCGCAACCGCGUCUGGAUCAUCAAGCGGACGUACUAUACCACGCCUUACGAGCCGCAACAGCAACGGACAAAGGUUCGUUUCUAUGAGACGGCGGCGGCGUUUGGAGCGUUCAGGAGGAACAGGUAUGGAGCGGAAAGCGAGGUUGAGACGGAAGUCGAGUCUGGGUCGGAUUUUGAGUCGCCCUCGGAAGGGGAGGAGGAGGAAGAAGUGUAG